UUCCGUAGCAACUGGGGGGUGGGGGCGCGCGAUCCGUUAACCGCAGGGGCCGCUUUACCACGGGUGCUAACAGAGAAGAGGGGGGGGUUGUCGUCGGGAACGACGCAGUAUCAAGGCGGCGAGCCCGCAGUUCUGUGCGGUGAUGCUGAAUAUGUGGAAAGUCAGAGAGCUGGUGGACAAAGCCACCAAUGUGGUGAUGAACUACUCGGAGAUCGAAUCCAAGGUGAGAGAGGCCACCAAUGACGACCCCUGGGGACCCUCCGGUCAACUAAUGGGAGAAAUAGCCAAAUCUACCUUCAUGUAUGAGCAGUUUCCGGAGGUGAUGAACAUGCUGUGGACCAGGAUGCUUAAGGACAACAAGAAAAACUGGAGACGAGUCUACAAGGCAUUACUGCUUCUGGCCUAUCUGAUCAGGAAUGGGUCUGAAAGAGUCGUCACCAGUGCUAGAGAACACAUCUACGACCUGCGGUCUCUAGAAAACUACCACUUCAUAGAUGAGAACGGUAAGGAUCAGGGCAUCAAUGUACGGCAGAAGGUAAAGGAGAUGGUGGAGUUCAUCCAGGACGACGACAGACUGAGAGAUGAGAGGAAGAAAGCCAAGAAGAACAAAGAUAAAUACAUUGGAGUCUCCUUUGACAGUAUGAGCGGAGGUGGAGGCAGCGGAGGAGGAGGAGGAAUUGGAGAAGGAGGAGGAGGCGGCAGCGGCAGCAGCAACAAAACCUCAAAUGAGUUGGAUCAAAGUAUGUGGGACGAGGACUGGGAUAAGAGCAAAGGAGCGUUCCCCUUUAGUGAGAAGCUCGGCGAGAUCAGUGACAAGAUAGGCAGCACCAUCGACGACACACUUAACAAGUUCAGAAAGAAGGAAAGAGACGACUCGCCCGACAGAAUCAGUGACAACGAGGAAGACCGAGCGUCGAGAAACGGCAGGCAGGAAACCCUCGAGUUCAAAGAUGAGGAGGAAACCGUCACCACAAAGAGCAUCCAAAUCACACAAGCAACAGAAACCACCACCACACGCAAACGCAGCGCAGCGGCAGGCAGCAAGGCUUUGGACCUCGGUGCAGCAGCCCACUACACCGGAGACAGGAGCCCCGAGGAGAAGUCGUCAGUCAGGCAGUCUUCCAGUGGCGGCCUAGCCGACCUGCUAGUGAUUGACCCUUUAUCCAAUCAGAGCACUGCAACAGGUGGCAGUUCAGACCUCAUUGGUGGCUUCGCUGACUUCUCCUCUCCUGCAGCCUCUGCCAGCCUUCCAACUUCCACUGCCGUAGCAGCAUCCAAUGGAAAUGGAGAAUUUGGGGAUUGGAAUGCUUUCACAACCAACACACCCGUUUCGUCCGGCUCUGGUCGGUCCCAGCCUGUGACGGACCUGUUCGGCAGCGUCCGGUCAACCACAGGCCCGGCCUCUAAUGCAGUACCACCUUCUACCGAGCUAUUUGACCUGAUGGGCGGAGUGAACCAUCAACUAACCAGUCCACAUACAACACUGAGUGCCUCUCAGAGCAUGACUUUCUCUCUGGGAGGUGCAACGCCAGCUGUUGCUAUGCCAACCAUGCCCCUUUCUCGCUCUCAACAGAGCUUGGGAGGCAUUACCUCCCAGGACCCCAAAGGACAACAGCAGAAGGUCGGUGUUGGAUGUCCAGGAUCAUUGGGCUCCACCUGGUCCGACCCCUCAGUCAACAUCAGUCUGGACUUCCUAUCAGCAGGCCUCAACCCCACUAAGACACCGCCCACACUCAACAAUAUCAUCCAGCAACAAGGAGUACCGCCGGUUAACUUGUUGACCCAGAGCUUCGGGGGACUGAACCUCAGCUCCCCGCCCCACGUAACACCCAGCAGACCACCAGCCAAUCCCAUGAUGGCGAGCAACGCAAUGACAAUGGGCCUGCCUGCUUCGAUGGCAACUGGCCUUCCCGCUUCCUUGGCAUCGAGCAUGCCCCUUUCAAUGACCACGGGGACCAUGGGUAUGGGGGGGAUUCCUGUAAACCAAGGCAUGGUGGGAAUGAACAUGAGCAUGAAUAUGGGCAUGGCCACUCCAGUGAUGAUGGGCGGUAUGGUUGGCAUGGGAGUGCCAGGAGUCGGGCCGGGCCUCACGCAAUCCAUCCCCCCAGCCGUGGUUUCACCCAAACAGGAUUCCUUCGCUAACUUUGGCAGCUUUGGGAAAUGAAGAACCGCAAAUGUGUAUGAGUGUGGGUAUGCAUGGCUGACAUUUGGAGAGUGGGGGCUAGAGAACUGCUGCAGCCUACCUGAAGACAACCGUGCAUGUUUCUCCCUCCUUUGGAGAGCUGGCACCAGUGAUCCUUCCCCAUCCCAGUCUGUUGACAUGAUCAAUGGGGGGGGCGGGGAUUUCAACUUGCAGCCAUUACUUUCCUGUGGGGAAGAACUCCUCCUCAUCUGUUUGUAUAUGUGAAUGACAUUAUGUCCUCCUUAAUUACAAAAGGAUUACUGCAAAAGUUUCUAUUCUUUCCAUUACAAUGUAUCAAUCCGUAGGAUUGACUACAACGAUAAAAAAAUGGCAUUGCUGCCUUAAUUAUUUUAGCCUUAGAAUUUUUUUUAAAUUAUUAUUUCAACCAAACGCGAUCUACAGAAGCCAUUACUUUAUUGACAGAUGGUGACUGUUUUACUUUCUGACACUUUUCCAAAUAAGAGUUGCAAAACGGCGCUGUGUGUACUCUGGUCUUCCAGCAGAGGGCAGGACUGCUUUGGAUAACACCAUAUGGUCAUAUUUCUUCUUCAGACAUGUUAAGGUUGAUGAAUUGCGUUCUACAUCUUUUUCCUCUCCUCUGCUGUUUUUAUAAGGCCCUAAAGAGUUCACAGUAUCUCGAUGUACAAUAGGACUUUAUUCAAGAAUUGUUUUCAGACCCACACAUGUAGAUCUCUGUUUAUCAUACUUUUUCAUACACAUACUUUACAUGGAGGUACAGAAUAAUGUUUUAUUCGAAGUAUUUGCCAAGUGGCUUUGGGAAAAGAGGGUCGACGAAGAGACUGAACAUUAUAGUCCUCUAUUCUUCCACGUUGAAGCCAGUGGCUCGUGUCAGGAUGUGUGGGUCAACCAAGCAAUGGACCUUUAAUAACAAACACUUGUUCCCACCAAACAUUUUUCAGCCUGCAGCUCUCUUCUUGGUCGACCUCAACAACUAUGUCCUUGGAAAUAUUCCCAUGAAUCAGACUUUUUCGUUCGCUGAAUUUUAAUAAAGGAUUUCUAAGGCUAGUUGAGACUAAAAGGUGUUCGGGCUGCCGUGCGAAGUGUGUACGUGAGAAAUGAAUAUAUGAGUGUGCAGGACUUUGUGUAUGGCUAUAGUUUUCCAGUUUGAUGUUGAAGCACAGCUCAGUGGUGCCCAUUGUCAUUUUCUGAGGCACUGCACAUGACCAAAUCUUUAUUUUGUUACUUUCAGAGCAAUGAUUUCAACAUCAUUAGUUGGAUAUUUUAUUAGUUUAAUUAUUUUGUAAGUUUCUGUUCAUACGGGAGCUGCUUAUAACAUCAUUUAGUUGACGGGAAUCAUGUUUUUUUUUUUUCCCGGUAAAGUUUAGUUGGAUUGUACUCUAUAUUUUCUGUACUUAAUUUGAAAUUAAAUUAAAAGUGUAGGCUUUUUGUAUCACGCA